UUCUAUAUCUAUACAGAAGGCACCUACCUACUCUGCAAUUUAGAGUCUUGGAAAAUUGCCUGGGACACGGAGAAGAAAUUUGCUCAAGCAAAAUGGCAAGUGUUGAGAAGUUUUCUUUUCAUGUGCCAAGUUUAGAAGAACUUGUUGGGGUUCUACAGAAUGGACUUAAAAAUAAUUUUGCUGAUGUCCAAGUCUCUGUAGUUGAUUGUCCUGAUCUGACCAAAGAACCGUAUACAUAUCCUGUUAAAGGAAUCUGUGGAAAACCUAGAAUUAUAGAAGUUGGUGGGGUUCCUUACCUUUUACCUCUUGUAAACAAAAAAAAGGUUUAUGAUAUGAAUAUUAUUGCAAAGGAAAUUGAAUUCCCUGGGGCUUUCAUUCUUGGAGCAGGAGCAGCCCCAUUUCAGACUCUUGGGAUCAAUGCUGAGUUUAUGCCUAUUGUGCAGACUAAAAGUGAUCAUAAGCCUGCUGUGAAUGGAAGCUAUUUUGCCCAGAUUAACCCAGAAGAUGGAGGGUGCUUACUAGAGAAAUAUAGUAAGAAAUAUAAUGACUUUGGAUUCGCAUUACUGGCUAAUCUCUUUGCCAGUGAAGGCCAGUCUGGCAAGGUCAUAGAAAUCAAAGCUAAAGGAAGAACUGGAGAAUAUAAUUUUGUGACUUGUAUGAGAAAAACUCUUGAAAAACAUUAUGGAGAUAAACCUGUAGGAAUGGGAGGCACAUUUGUUGUUCAGAAUGGAAAAGUAAAGGUUCAUAUCAUGCCCCCAGAAUUUUCAUCUUGUCCAUUGACAUCUGAUGAAGAUGUGAAUAAUUGGUUGCAUUUUUUUGAAAUCAAGGCUCCCUUGGUUUGUCAGCCAGUUUUCGUUUCUCGAGACCCAGGGUUUGAUUUGCGAUUAGAACAUACUCAUUGUUUUAGUCAUCAUGGAGAAGGAGGACACUAUCACUAUGACACCACUCCAGAAACAGUAGAGUAUCUUGGGCAUUUCCUACCUGCAGAGAUUCUCUAUCGGAUUGAUAAACCAAAGGAAACCCACACAUUUGGGCGUGAUUAAUUCAAUCAGGAAAUAUUUUACUGGAAAAGGGAUAUGUUAUGCUUUAAAAUUUUAAAAUGUUUAAUCAAGUUUAUAAAUAUGUAUUGCUUUGCAAUGUAAUCCAACAAAAACUUAGUCAAAGCUGAGUCAGUGAAAAGAUAUGUUGAUCUCUUUUUACCUUACCAUUUGACUUCCAUUAAAACCUUUUCUAUUUUAGUAAAAUUAAAAGAUUUGUUAUUGGAAAAUUCACUUUAAUUUUUAUUGAUGCUACUGUAAUUAAUAUGGCAUAACCAUAAGCUUAGAAUUUGUCUAUAUCUGGAAUCUUGUGACUUUCUAUUGUCUAAGAAUGAUUUGAAAUAUUGUGUAUUUUCAUAUCUAUUACUUCUUUUAAUUCUUUUUAUUAAAUUAAAUGUUCCUAGGUAUUGGAAAUCAAAUGUAACCAGCACCUGGUAUAGGUGUCUUGAAUACAGUAGGUGGAUAAUAAAUGUUUGUAAUUUAACAUUGAGGAUUGAGUUCUUUUAAAGAAAUAGAAUAUAAAGACUACAUAUAUAGUCUUUCAGGACUAUAUAUAGGAGAGGCUGAAGCAGUCUCUCAAAAUGUAUUCUAUUCAGCUUUUAUGUUUAUUGUGUUUGUUUUCAUUUAGAAAGCAGUUUGCACACUGUGCUCAUCUUUGCCACCAUUCUCAUAAGGAAAGAAAACACAAACAGAACAUUGAAGUGUUAACAGUUUAUUUUACAAAUAUAAAUAUUGCCAAACUAAAUUGCUGAGAUUUACAAAUAAUUUUAAUUUAAUUCAAUAAGCAUUUCUUAAAGUUCUUCUUUGUAUCAGAUUCCAAGCUACCCACUGAAAAUACAAAGACUUAUAGUAAUCCCAGCCCUUAAACCUUUGUUAUUCUAUCCAGUAGGAUAGAAUACACAAUCAUUGAUUUCUAAUGGCUGCUAUGAUUUUAUUUUUUAUUUCGCUGUUUUUUUUCCAAAAUCCAAGAUUAACCAAAAAAUUACUGUGUCUGCUUUAACAAUAUCCGACUACAUACAGCUUCUAACAUAAUUGGUUCAUAAUAGAUAAUUCAGAAUUCUUUGUAACUGGUUUGUCUAUUUUUAUAAUCCUUAAGAUGUCUAAUGAUUAUAAAUUUUUGAGUAGGAUCAUCAAUCUUCUAUAAUUGAAAAAAAUGAAUAAAGUAUUUUAAAUCAA